AUGAGCCACACAGCCAGCUCUUGUCAGGAGCUGGUUGAAAACUGUGCUGCGCAUGUAGCAGGGAUGGCACAAGAAGAUAGCCGUCGUGGUCAAGUGCCAUCUACCUUUUAUCAUGGUGCCAACCAGGAACUUGACCUGUCCACCAAAGUGUACAAAAGGGAAUCGGGAAGUCCUUAUUCUGUGUUAGUGGACAGCAAGAUGAGCAAACCGCAUCUCCACGAGACAGAGGAACAGCCGUAUUUCAGGGAGACAAGGGCAGUGUCUGAGGUGCAUGCUGUUAAAGGCGACCGGGAGAACUCUGAUGACACAGAAGAGGAGGACGACGAAGAGGUCUCUUACAAAAGGGAGCAGAUCAUAGUGGAGGUAAACCUUAAUAAUCAAACGUUAAAUGUGUCUAAAGGGGAAAAGGGUGUCUCUUCUCAGUCCAAAGAGACUCCUGUUCUUAAGACAAGCAGUGAGGAGGAAGAGGAAGAGAGUGAGGAAGAGGCCACAGAUGACAGCAAUGACUAUGGAGAGAACGAAAGGCAGAAGAAAAAGGAGAAGAUAGUGGAGAAAGUCAGCGUUACACAAAGGAGGACGAGGAGAGCUGCCUCUGUUGCUGCAGCUGCCGCUUCCCCUACUCCCAGAACUACCAGAGGUCGUAGGAAGAGUGUAGAGCCACCUAAGCGUAAGAAGCGGGCCACAAAGGAGCCCAAAGCACCAGUCCAGAAAGCUAAGUGUGAAGAGAAAGAGACUCUGACCUGUGAGAAGUGCCCCAGGGUGUUUAAUACUCGCUGGUACCUGGAGAAGCACAUGAACGUUACUCAUAGGCGCAUGCAGAUUUGUGAUAAGUGUGGCAAGAAGUUUGUCCUGGAAAGUGAGCUGUCCCUUCACCAGCAAACAGACUGUGAAAAAAAUAUUCAGUGUGUUUCCUGUAACAAAUCAUUCAAGAAACUCUGGUCCCUUCAUGAACACAUCAAGAUCGUCCACGGAUAUGCAGAAAAGAAGUUUUCCUGUGAAAUUUGUGAGAAGAAGUUCUAUACCAUGGCUCAUGUGCGGAAACACAUGGUUGCACACACGAAAGACAUGCCAUUUACAUGUGAGACCUGUGGAAAAUCGUUCAAACGCAGUAUGUCACUCAAGGUGCACUCCUUGCAGCAUUCCGGAGAGAAGCCCUUCAGAUGCGAGAACUGCGACGAAAGGUUCCAGUACAAGUACCAGCUGCGCUCCCACAUGAGCAUCCACAUUGGGCACAAGCAGUUCAUGUGCCAGUGGUGCGGCAAGGAUUUCAACAUGAAGCAGUACUUCGACGAACACAUGAAAACACACACUGGAGAGAAACCCUUUAUCUGUGAAAUCUGUGGCAAAAGCUUCACCAGCCGCCCCAACAUGAAGAGGCACCGCAGAACUCACACAGGCGAGAAGCCCUAUCCAUGCGAUGUGUGUGGCCAGCGGUUCCGCUUCUCCAACAUGCUUAAGGCCCACAAGGAGAAGUGCUUUCGGGUGACCAGCCCCGUGAAUGUGCCGCCUGCUGUCCAGAUCCCACUUACAACUUCCCCAGCCACCCCAGUUCCUUCUGUGGUGAACACACCCACAACCCCAACUCCUCCAAUCAAUAUGAAUCCUAUAAGCACUCUUCCCCCUCGGCCCAUCCCCCACUCCUUCUCUCACCUCCACAUCCACCCACACCCUCACCACCCGCACCACCUUCCUAUCCCUCCGGUCCCACACCUCCCCCCACCUCCAGCGCUCUUUAAGAGCGAGCCUUUAAAUCACAGAGGCCAGGGUGAGGACAACUUUCUUCGGCACCUGGCAGAGAAGAACAGUUCAGCACAGCAUCAUUAACAUCCGUCUCCUUCAGUGUGUUCUCCACGUGUCGUGUGCCCAUAUGUGAGCUUGCAGAGAGGGAGUUGGUGAGCCUUUCUGCAGCUGUCGGACUCUUCUCGGCCUCCACCAACAGCUUUGUCAUUGUCUUGGGGAAUCAACGCAUCCAAGGGAAUGAACAAGAAGACCACCUUGAGCUCACAGAGGGGCUGCCGUCCAAACCAGGGGAACCACCGAACUAAAGCCCAAUGUGCUUGCAUUUUCUGGUGACUUUUAUAAAUUUCAGAUACUCAGACUUGUGGAAUUUUAUAAUUUCAUAUCAGCUGAUGAGGUAUGCUUGCUUUUAUAUCCUGGACUUCUCCUCAAAGAGGGGACAGGCCCGGUUUCCUUUGUACUAAUCGGGAAGGCUGUGAGAUUAAUCCAGAGCAUUAAUUGUAUCACUGUGUAUCGUAAUGAAUUCUUUUCAGCUUUUGGUGCUGGCUUCAGAGUUGAGCUAGCCACAUUUCACAGUAUAUCAAGCAUUAUAGAGAAAGACAGAAAUUUUCUUCUUUGUGUAGCUCUCCUAACGCACUCUUUAUUUUACUACAGAAAUUAUUUUAGAGUUUUUGUAUAGACUUCUUUAGUAGUCUGUUUCUAAAAUGAAAUGUAUUUCAAUAAGCGGUGUAAUUUUUUCAGUGUAGCUGGACCUAUGUUGUAAAAUAGAAAAAAUUUUUAUAAUCAUCAAAAUGUGAUUCUUAAAGAUGCAUAUAACUUCUGUAGUUCAAAGUUAUUCUUACAUCCGUACAACUCAAAGGUGCUUCAGAGACUAGAUGUAUCUGGGAGGGUCUCCAGACCAGGUUACUGCAAAAAUGAGGUUUUGCUUUCAGAACUUGGCAUAAGUCCUUGGUAGUUUUUUAAUCUCUACUUAACACUCAAGUGUCUGUUAGGCUCACUGACAUGCUUCUGUCCUCCAUGUUUCAUUGGUUCAGUUGGUCCAUUCAGUGGAAUCAUUUGCAGAGGGUUGGGCCUUUUCCAGGGCAGUCACCUAAAGCUUGCAUGUUUUGAAAAUCUGGGGAAAGCCAGUCGCUGUCAAGAGGAGGAAGUGAUGGAGAUUGUUUCAUCUCCGUCACAUCUGACUCUCACUUCCCUCAGAACUGUGUUCGUGUUCAAUCUUCAUGGGAUGACACAUCGAAGUCUCAUAAUACACUGCUCUUUUUGAGAUUGCUUUAUUUUUCUAGAAUUGUUAUAAAAAAAAUAGCACACUAAAAUCACAAACAUGAUGUUGUGGAUGGUGGCUGAGAAAUUUGGAUGAGAAUGCAAAUUGGUUAUGAGUUUUAAAAUGUCUCUGAGAUCAGUGGAUGUGUCCACCACUCUGCGCUGUUUGCUGUCGGGAGGGAAGGCGAGCUCCUGCAUUUUGCUGCCCCGUCCCCUGCAGAUAGUUGCAUGACAGCAGCAUUGCUGGGUGGUGAGAGCAGCAUCCCCAGAACCCUUAGGCACGUCAUUUUUUCAAGUUUGGGGAACUUCUAAAGAGCACGAUAAAUCAGGAGCUUAUUAUAGAAAGGCUGAAGAGAAGGGCUGAAGAGAUGGGUUAUGUUUAACUGAUCAAAUUUAUCCAGACUCAGCAUAGCUAAAAAUUUUGUAUUUUUUCAUCUGAGAGAACUGAGUUCCAAAGCUCGCCUACUUUCUCUCUCCCUCCCUCCCUCUCUAUUUUUUUAAUCUUGAAGUUUCUUUAGUUUUCUCUCCUCAGGCUCUUAAAUCAUUGCCUGAAUCAGAACCCUGGCUUUUAUUUAUUUUUUAUUUUUUAUAUUAAAUGUGCAGAUAUACUUCAAGCACUUUUCCAGCUGAUGAGCUCUGUGGUAGGAAAAAAUGGAACUCUUUCAAUUGAGGUUUAGUCCCUAUUUUAAAAAUAUCGCAUUCUCUGCUAGCUUUUUGCUUUAAUAUUUCCAAAUUUUUUCCUUUGAUUAUUGCCUUUGUCUUUUAUAAUGAGCAUAGGAAAAUUUUGGAAUGAGGCAGAAAAGUAUCUCAAGACAUAUACUUUUCUUCCUGUUUUUGGAUGUAAUUUCUAAAGAAUGUCAUUUUAAAUAUAUAUAUAUAUAUAUAUAUAUAUAUACAUUCUUUGAACACCCCGGUACCCAAACCAAUAAGGAAAGUUAAUUCCUUGUUUAUGACUGUUAUAUCUUUAGUGGCUGCUCCCCCUUACUCCCAGUCUCCUGUGCAUUCCAUGACAAGUUUGUGGAUCUACACCUUUAUGUAGGCAUAUUAUUAUUUCAUGGCCAAGCCUGUACUAUUAAAAUGAUUUUUUUAAAGAUGUAAAUUGCAGCUUAGUUAAUUGGUUAUACCUUAUCUUGUCCUAAUUAAAUUACAAUAUCAGGCAGAAAUUCUGAAUUCUAGACUUGAGACCAUUGAAUCAACCAUUUAUGAGGUGUACUAUAAUUAUACACUGGAAAAUUCAGGUAGUCAUCUUUGAUUUUUCAUUCAAGUGAAUAUAGCCAUAAGAGAAUAUCUGCUACAUAGGAAAACCAGUAUUAAGCAAAUAAUCACCACCACCCUUAACAGAAGCAAAAAAGAAUUAUUAUCUUUUUUUAAAUCAGCGUUGUCAUACAAUACAGUUCUUAAUGAAAUGUUCUUGUGGAAUAAUCUGGAACCUUGCAAUUUUUUUUUCCUAGAUAAGUAUACCUUCCCUGUCUUGGGAUCUGUGGUCUCCAGGAAGACUGCUCAGAACAUGACUCCUCAUCAGUUCAUAUCACAUAUGAAUAAUGAAAUGAGUUAAGAAUAUCCGUGACAUUAACACUUCUGAAUAUGAGAACUGCAGGAUUAAGCCUUAAACAUUCAUGUGCAUCAGGUUUAACAUGCUUAAGACUCAAACUCAGGGUUGAAAAUGUGAUUGGGGUCCUUUGCCAAAAUGAAAGUUGCAUUAUGUGGUGUGUUCCCUCCCACAUACAGUACAGCACCCCGUGACGUCGUCAGAACUUAUUACCUACUUGCUCUCUGCUUAUGAAAAAAGAACUCUGGAGGAGUUUUCAGUUUCUCAGCCCUUAUCUGUACUCAAACAAGUCUUUUAAAGACAACAAAGGCCACAUUUCAGCAUUAUAUACAUGUCAGAUUGAGGCUGUUUCGCAUUCCUUAAUUUUACUGUGGUGAAAGGCUUGUAUCAUUACUAGGGUUAAGACCUACUUAAGGAAAAUUCCCAAGGACUUUCUUGAGUUGACAUUGCUUUUUUUUGUAUUGCAUUUUUCUGUUCUUUUCUCGUAGUCUUAUCAUUCAAAUAGAAACUCUUCCUUAUCCUUAAUGAAAGGCUGCUUGCUGCUUUCUCAGAUUUGAGUCAGGUAGGCUCCGACUGAGUGAGAUUUUUAAAUUUGAAUGAAGAAAAUAAGAUGAAGAGUUUAAAGGCAUGUGGCUUCAUUUCCACGUAUGUUUGUGAUUUGAGUCUUAUUUUUAGCAAGCAAGGAGGUCUCCACAUAAAACUUUACAGUAGUUCAAAGAAACCCUUGCAAAUCAGUUACACAUACAUUUACAGUCCACCAUUUACAUUAACUGUUCUAAACUAACGACUGAGCAUGGACGUUACCAUAGUCGUACCACCUUUCUAGAAACUGCAUUUGUUGGAAGUACCUUUUCAUUGUGGUUAGAGUGCUCCCUAUAAUUUGAUUGUCCCUAGUGUACUAACUGAAGGCAAAAUACUUUGAAGAGAUGCUUGUAAACUUUGAAUUUUCUACUUCUUAAAGUUUUUUUCAGUUUUUAUGUUUGUUGAAUGGAUAUGUAUGUUUAGCUUACUUUUGAUUUCACUGGAAGUUUUAAAUUUUGAGGAGAUCAAGCAGAAAUAGAAAUCCGUUGUAGGUGUAUAUAUAUUUACUCCAUCUUGCAGAUUUCAGUUAGUGAAACACAGAAUGAUAGGUGGGGUUUUAUUGUUUGAGAAAAAAAAAAGGAAAGGAAAACUAAAGUUAGAGAAACCCUUCUGUUUGAGCUACUGUAUAGAAGAGACAACUUUUGUUACAUUGCUGGUCCACGUGAUGAACAUUUCGAUGCUGUUUUAGACUGUACGGGAAGUAUUUAAUGAAAAAGGGGAUAAGUGACAUUUAAGAGUUUUAUCACCUAUCCACCAUUACAAAAAUCUACUCACUUGGAAUUCUUCAGGCUAUAAAAUUGAGCAAACAAAUAUUGGGUUUUAAUUUUCCUUUGCCUGAACCAAGACAGGAAAUUUCCCAAAAGAUCAUUUUUUCAGGCAUGAAAGGUCAUUAGCCGUUAGAGAUAGUGGCAUUACGCAAUAAUGACACCCGAGCUAGCCUGCUUCUGUCACCUGUAGCAUUUGUACUAAAUGACGAUGACCUUCCAACCCUGGACACUACCUCGAUAGAGCAAACUAGAGAUCCUCUCUACACUUUCUAUGGAAGCCAUAAAAGUUGCCAUCAAUAUACCCACUCUCAUAGUUCUAUACUUUUAUACUCCAGACUUUUUAUAGACUUUGUGACCAGAUCUUUUUGUCUUAGAGGAUAGGUUUUGCAAGAUUCAAAGGAAAAUCAAACUCCUUGGUUGUCCCAACUUUGAAGCUUUAGCUUCAGUAAAUUUGUUUGAAGAGCCAGAUAAUGUACCAUUUAUCAAAUUCUUCAUUUAAGUCAAAGCUAUUUUGCAGAGUUGCGUGUCUGGAAAACAAACUUCUCUUUCUUGUUCCCCAAGUAGAUGCUAUAUUGUUGUAAGAAACUGCUUAUAAAGUGGAUUUCUACCUUGUUCCUCGGUGUGUUACUAGGUAAUAUAUGUGUUGUCACAAUGUCCCUGGACUUGUUUUUAUUUCCUUUGACCGACAAGUGAGUAUACACUUCCCUCUAAUCCUCUAGUAUCUCACUACAGCUUCAGUCUCUCUCACUCUACUCUUGAGUGCCUUCAAAAAGCCAGCAUCCUGGAACAUUCUUUUCCUGCUCUAAAUCCUACCUCUGAUUAUUUCAUUCUCCGUGAGUAUUGGAAUUCACCCUUUUUCCGAUUGGGUUGGCUCUACAAACUAGCUAAAACCUUGGCUGAGAAUUUUGAACAUAUUUCUGUUUUGUUCCCCCAUGUCAUUUUUAGAUUACAUUUUUAACUUUUAUUUAUAUCUUAUUUCUUCACAUAUUGUAUCUUUAGUGAUGAAAGAUUGUAUCCUUAUCUUACUCUUCAUCUUCUUGUCUUUCACCAGAAGCUAGAAGUUCUUUUAAAAUGAAAGGUCAGUGAGUGUCUCUUGUGAGCCUGUGUUUCUCAUCUUAGUCUUCCCGAAGGCCCCCUCUUUCUGAUUCAGGAUCCUGAAUGCUGCUGUUGCCAUCCCCUGUUCCUAUAUUGCUUCUCUCGUCCAGAAACGUUUUGCAAGGUUGUACCCAUAAUUUUAUUGUAGUCAAAUUAAUUUAAAAUCUCUCUCUGGGUUUAUCAGAAGUCCUUACUGACUUUUCAUCUGCCCCCUAGGCUCCCGUCCCUCAGAGACUUCCAGCUACUUUCUUUCCUACUUGUUCUCAUCUAAUUAAUUUAAAAAUAAGAUUGAGACAUAACAUAUGAAGGAUUUAAUAAAAAGGGGGUUGCAGUGUGUUCUCCAUAUGAUACGAGCACCUUAUUGAUGAAACUGUUUUAGCAAUUGGCUAAUAUUUCACAGUCAGAACUGAAGUGUAUGCCUCGCACAGGUUGCCUGCUCUCUUUCAGUUCUCUUCCAAAACUGAAGACAGACAGAACUCUUUAAAAUUAGGAAAUUGGAUUGCAUUUUUUUAAAGUGAAUGAAAGCUAUUAAGUUGAGUAUUUUGGCCUUAGUCAAAAUCUUUCCUUUCUGACUUAAAAUGUUGUUCCUCUUUCCUUAAAGUUAAUACUACUAAUACUCAGGUUUUCAAGACUAGCUAAUAACCACAUGAAGUGGGAGUCUGAGAAGGCAGCUGUUAAUAAAUUCAUAAUCCUGUUGGUCUGGCAAGAAUAUGUUAUUGGUGAGACGGCAAAAUUGUGAGAACUGGCCAUGUUUGAUAAUGAGUAAAUUCAAGACAUUUGAAGGGCUCACUGGCUGGAACGGGAAGACUAGUUUACAAAAUGCAAAUGGUAGAUUUCUAUAGAAAUAAGGAACAAGAGUUUCUUGUUGUUUUAAAUACUUUUUGCUUUAAUUUGCCUUGAUAGUCCUCAUUAUUGACCUAGAAGUUGGCCUCUUUUAGGAAGUAACUGGCUUCCUAAUCGUAACCACUUUGAAACCGUGGCUUUUCUCUCCAGAGUCGCAGGCAGCACAACAGUGGAGAGCCGCAUGUGCUCACGCGCAGAGGGGCCCCCCGACGCCCACCGUUGGCUCGUUUCAUGUCUUCGGUGAUAGGAGACGUUUGGCCCAAGUAUCAGAGGGCCCUUGCCCCCGAGCAAGGUCUCCUCCACUUUCUAGCUCCAGGCUCCUUUCACACUAUUUGAGCUUCUCUGGUGAGAUCAGGGAUAAGUUACUUGAGAACGUUUUUGGGGACAUGGAGAAAAUGAGGAUGGGACAAGAAGGGGUAGAAGCUGAAUUUUGCUUAACUUCAGAAGGAAAUCUGACACUUGCAUUGUUGGUCUUGAUCAACCAAAGAGCCUGUCUCUGUACUGGAUGUGCCAAAGGAUCAAGUUGUUUCUGAAUAUGCAGCUCCUCUGAAGGAACACAGCUUCCUCCCUGCCUGUCUUUUACAGGUGAAAAGGGACCUUGUGAUCAGAAGGACAGAGACGCCAACUUACAUCCUGCAAAAGACUCAAGGCUGUGUUUAAUUGCAUUGGAAAGUUGGUGGGAAAUAUUUUAUUCUUUUAGAAUCUCUAAUCCUCCUACAAAUAUCUUUUCUAUGCUUGAUUAUUCAACUCAUUUGAUUUUUUCAAAAGUAAGAAAAGUGUGUGGCAUAAUUUUGGUGUUUACUUCUGAACUUCCAUCCUCAAGGAUAUAUAUGCAGCCUCUCAAAAUCAGAUGAAUUCUCAAUCUUCUACAGGUUAGAAUAUAUAUUUUAUUCAUUUCUUGACCCAGGCUGUGUGUCUAUUCCAUCAGCAGUACUGGCUUUGUCCACAAGGGAGCAACAAAGUACUUUAGCUUCUUUAUUCUCAACCUUCUAAAGAUCCCCCUUUUAAGUCUCUUAUAGAGUAUCCUCUCUUGGCUCAGUGCUUAUUUAUAGAUCUUGGUUUUUAAGCCAUUUUCCCUUAUUACUAAGUCCAGUAGUUGCUCAGUCUUGAUGAUGCAAAUGAAGAAUGAUGUGUGGGUCAGAGGGCUGGGUGAGUCAGGCGUCUUCACUAGCCUUUGAAAAUAACGGUGCCCCGAGAGGAAGCCAGGACCUUCCCAUGGGGGCUCCACUGUGUGCUAAACGCAGAGCAGGAAGGGACCAUCCUUACUUUUUCCAGACCCCACCAUGAGCACAGGGCCCUCACAUCUCUGAGAAGCUUAAGAGCUGCCUGGGUAAGUCGAGCACGGAUGAGGAAACGCUUCUCACCUUCUCUGCUCCAGAUGGAUGUCUGGCCCAGCAAGUACUGGGCCAGACCCUGUGUCCUGAUCCACAGGAGGAGCCCUGCAGCACCACCUCUCCAGGCUAGAACUCAGUUUGUGUUCCCUCUCUGUCAGUUACUUGUCCUGGGCUCCCAACCUUCAUCAGCUCUCUGACCUUGAGCUUCGUUGGUGCUCCUUGCAGCGUCGUCUUCACAAUAGGCAGGUCAGUAAUCAGCUAAGGGGCAAUAGCAGACUGCACCUACUGACGCAGGGGGGCCAGGAGGCGUUUGCGCCUGGAGUGGCCUUCUGAACGGAUGUCCGCCUGGCUCCUUUUCCUAGCCACGUCUGGCCCCGAGCUAUACAGGUAGAGAGAGGUAUCCACGUGUAACUUUAACACUCGACAAAAAGCGAAACUGAAGCUGUGACUGGUUUGGGUAGCAGGUGGCUAGGUGUAACGUGUUUGUUUUUACUUUUGUUUUCCCCGACAGUACUGAAAUCACUUGCACUUUUCCUCAUUUCUUAAAGAAAAGAAAAUCCCGUUUGCUUGCCAGGAGUUGUUUAGGAUUAGGUUUACAAAGUUUGUUGUUGAAUGUUGAACAUUUGUCCAAAGGAGUUUGACGAAACAGAAGCUGCUUGGUCCCUGUUCUGCCUGCUAGGUCGUAAGGAUUAAGGCCAUGUGGCUGGGGUACUUGUGUCAAGUCCAGAAGGGGGCAGUGUCCCUCUCCUACCUCUGCGAAGACGCAACGGAAGGGCAAGUUGGACUGGUGUGUAGGACAGGUACCUGUCACGCUGCAGAGGAGUUUAGAGGAGUCUUUCAGUCAGGGAGGUGGCAGGUAGGUAGGACAGGAUCUCCUAAGAUGGGAACGAUGGUGGGGAGAGGAGAGCUGUGUGGCCCCAGGGAACCGCAGGGAGACGGAACCGAGCUCCCCUCCUCAAUCCCCAAACUAGCCUAGCUUCCCUGAGUCACCGUUUCUCCAGCAUCCUGUCAGAUCCCUCAGUGUACUGAUCUCCCCCCUUGUGUUAACUAUACCAAUAUUAUUUUUUUAGCAAUUGAAAUGCACUUUUUUAUUUCAACUCAAUCAUGAUUUUAAGUAUAAAAAAUUUAUAGACUGUUAAAACUACUUUUUUGUGUAUUUUUAACCACUCGAUGUAGCAUUGUCUAUUUUAUUCUUGUGAGACUCUGGUACAAGGUGUGCCACUUCAUGCUAUUUCCGAGAUGCUGGGCCUUUGGAUGUGUACGGUAACCACCUUAAUGCUAAUGUUCGAAGUAAAAAAAAAAAAAAAACGUA